AGGCCACCAUGCCCCACGUCCGGGGGCUGCAGGUGGCCCAAAGCCUGCCAGGGCAACAGAGGGAUGGGAGCGCAGUGGGGCUGAGCCCUGCGGCAGCUCCUGCCUCCGCCUCUGCCCGCCUCCAGCCCUGCCUUCCCUGGGCACUUUGCUCCCGGCCGCGGGAAGCGGGAGAGGGCACACUCGGCACGGCAGGGCACGGCCAGGGCCGCCCGCAGCCCCCCGGCAUGGCCCCGUCCCGCGUGGGGAACAGGCUCUCCCCGUGGGGGCCCCACUCCUGAGAGCCGCCCAGGUCUGCAGCACCAGCUCCAGCUAAAGUGCAUCCCUGAGCCCUGAGUCCUCCCCUGUCUUGGUGCCUGUCACCUCCUGGGUGAGCUCUGAACAAAAGGAAUUUUGUCAAUCAAAUAUGGUUUUGGCUACACCCUGAUCUCUGCCAGCAGCACAGCAGCUCCUGCUCCCAGGUUACUCAUCCAAGCGUCCAUCCUCUGUUGAAGGCGUCAUUUCACCAGGGAUGGUGGAGGGUGUGGAGGGGCCAAGUCCCAGGCGGCCCUCACCAGUCCUUUGCUGGACACCACAGAGGCGGCAGACCCUUCCUUUUCUCUCAAGAAGAGAGCUCUGAACUUUGACAGCUUGUCCUCAUGCCGACUUCCCAGGAGUCCACAGAUCCCAGCACAGCCAGGAGGGUCCUGCCUGCCUUGUGAGCUUGCUCUGCCUUGAGCUGGGACUUGACUCUGGCAGCUCAUCUCCCCAGGGCUCAGCUCAUCCUUCCCUACGGACAACACCCGGCAGCCAACAGCUCCUUGCUGUCCAGGGACACUCUCUCCCAAAGGCUCCUUUAACGGCGCCCCCCCAGGAUUUCUCCGGGCCACAACAUUCCCCCAGACAAGCCUUUCUUCUCCUCCUGCCUUUCUUCUCCCAAGGAGCCCUCCGGGAGCAGCGGCAUUGUCAGGAUGGUGCCAAUUAGGCUGAGGCAGCUUCCAAGAGGCUGUGCCGCCCCGGCCGGGGGCUGCUGGUGCUCAUCAGGGUCUCAUUGUUCGGCGGCCGUGGGGCUGUCCCCGGCGCGGGGCUCUGUCCCCAGCCCGCUCCCAGCUCCCUGCUCCGGCUCAAAGGAGUAAUUAAUGGGUUAUUAAUGGGUGUCAGUGCAGGGGCUGCGGACGGGAGGCUUUGCCGAGCCCGCUUCCCCCUGCCCCGGCUCCUCACGCGCGAGUUGAGAAAAACCAGAGAACCAUCCAAGUGGCUGGAGCUCCUGGAGGGGGAGAAAAUCUGGCAGCUUUGGCUCCUUUCCACGCUUUGUGCCUGACAAUGGUUGGGAUCAGUGACUAGUGUGCUUUUAUGAACUGCUCCCUAGGUCUGGCUGGCACACCAUGGCCACUUCGGUGAGGAUGAUCCCAGUUUCCCUGUGGACACUGACGCCAGCUCCCUGGGCAGGGGGGAACACCACAGCAGCACCUGAGGCUAAGUGUGUCUUCAACGAAGAGUUCAAGUUCAUCCUGCUGCCCAUCUCCUACAGCAUCGUCUUUGUGGUGGGGCUGCCCCUCAACUCCUGGGCCCUGUGGAUGUUCAUCUCCAGGAUGAGGCCCUGGAAUGCCACCACUACCUACAUGGUCAACCUGGCCCUCUCAGACAUGCUCUACGUCCUGUCCCUGCCCACCCUGGUCUAUUAUUACGCUGACCGUAACAAUUGGCCCUUCGGGACGGGGCUGUGCAAGAUCGUGCGCUUCCUCUUCUACGCCAACCUCUACAGCAGCAUCCUCUUCCUCACCUGCAUCAGCGUGCACCGCUAUAUGGGCAUCUGCCACCCCAUCCGCUCCCUCAAGUGGGUGAAGACCAAGCACGCCCGCAUCAUCUGCGUGGCUGCCUGGCUCGUGGUCAUCAUCUGCCUCAUCCCCAACCUCAUCUUUGUCACCACCAGCUCCAAGGGCAACACCACCCUGUGCCACGACACCACCAAGCCCGAGGAGUUCGACCACUAUGUGCACUACAGCUCCUCCAUCAUGGCCCUGCUCUUCGGGGUGCCCUUCCUGGUCAUCGUGCUCUGCUACUGCCUGAUGGCCAAGCGGCUCUGCAAGCCCAGCUUCUCCAGCCCCAGCCUCCGCAUGCCCUCCUACAAGAGGCGCUCCAUCAAGAUGAUCAUCGUGGUGCUCACCGUCUUCGCCAUCUGCUUUGUGCCCUUCCACAUCACCCGCACCCUCUACUACACCUCCCGCUACUUCCAGGCCGACUGCAGGACCCUCAACAUCAUCAACUUCAGCUACAAGAUCACGCGGCCUCUGGCCAGCAUCAACAGCUGCCUCGACCCCAUCCUGUAUUUCAUGGCCGGGGACAAGUACCGGGGCCGGCUGCGCCGCGGGGCUGCCCAGCGCCUCCGGCCCGUGCCCACGCUGGACUUGGCCCUGGUGUCACCCUUCGCAGACAGCCUCACAGAUGGCAGCCACAUGGCCAGUGUCACCCGAGGGACCGGGACCACACGCAGCGGGGGCGGGUGCUGAGGGGGUCCGCAGCCUCAGCCCUGGAGCUCCCUCCAGGAGCUGCAGGCCCUCAGGGCACUGACAAGCGCCCAGACCUGAGCUGUCCCUGCCCAACCCUGCAGGGCUGAGGGCUGGAGGCCCCAGGUUGGUCCCAGCCCUGCCCUGUGAGACCAUGGGAGGAGGGUGCUGGUGCUGGUCAGGGAAGGAGAGCCACUGGGCACUCAUGGGAAUGGAGAAGACACUGAGGAGGUUCUUUUGGGGCAGCAGGCUGCUAUUCCAUCCCUGAACUCCUGGGGACACAUGGGGCUGACAAGUCACUAAAGACAAAGGACACUGGUGCCUCCCUGGGCAGGCACAGCUCUUCCAGGUGACUCAGUGGUGACAUGCAGGGACCAGACUGAACCUGGGGACAGAGCCUGUGUUGGGCGGGUUCUCAGAGGUGUCCCUGUCACACUGCUGGCCUCAGCAGAGGGGGAGGGACAUGGCCUGGGGCACUUGCUGCCCAUGACCCCCAAUAAAGCCCCUUCACCUCUC